AUGGAGCUCCAACGGUCUGUUGGUGCCAGAACAAACCAGACUUUGCUGGUAGCCAAUCAGUCUCGUCUCGACACAAAGUGUUGCCUGACGUCCGGUGCAAUAUUAGGUGGCCACGCUGGAGCUGCUCCGAUUGUCGCUGUUUGCUACACAUGCAUCACGCUUCUUAGCACCCGGGUCGUCGUAGGCAUGGCCGCUGCCUCUUCGUCCUCCGGCUCGUCCUUCACCUCAUCGUCUCUCGGGCGACCUCCUACCUAUAGCCGUUCCCAUGUCAGCCCAGUAGAUUCGACUUGGACCCCGACCUCGGGAGUAUCGACGCUGUCGGCGCCGUCCACGGGGGGGUCAGGCGCGCUCCAGACGUCCCUUCGUCCGCUGGAUCUGGGGCCGCCAGGAUAUCAAGCAACAAUAAUUCUGUUCCAAGACACCCCAGACGAGCGCACAGUGUAUCUAGGGCCAUGGGAAGUGGUUGGUUCAGAACAAAGACGAGUCUUGUGGCAAUGCAGCUACCAAAACGAGCUGCUUGAACAUUACUUACCAUCUGAUAUCCCGUCAGAGAUCCAUCCACAUACACUUCAUUCUCGACAUCGACAGUAUCAUGAUCCUUCGGACAUGGAACGAUAUCUAACGUUCCCUGAACCUCAUCGGAUCCGGUACUUCUCCGACGAAGGUGUUUGUAUUCAUGACCAGUACAUUCAAGUCAGAUACGAAUUCACGACUGUGGAUGCAUCUAUUCGAUUUCAAGGCGAUUUACGAAGAAAGGACAUGGUCGAGUUUUAUGAUGUGGAUGUAGUGUGGACUAAUGUCCAUGGCCGAACAGAUGGUUUUGGCAAGGUCAGGGGAAUCGGGGCAAUUCAGCGUCUCAAGAUGUGGCGCGACCGAUAUACCACGUUCCAUUCCCUGAGCGUACUUGCAAACAAGACGGACGGUCAGUACCGCGAGUAUGAUGUCCACAUCUUUGAUGGAGAACUGCGAAGUCGUGAUGAUCGAGCGAAACAAUUGAAGCUUAAUGUUCGAGGUCGGCGAGGAAGCGCACCUGACGAGGCCCCUCAACGCCGAUUCUCGUUUGCUCGGGGGGUACGGCCGAGAGUGCGAUCAUCAGGGGGUAAUGUUGGCCAGAGUAGCUCAGAAUCGAACCCAGCGUCCCAACAACCUGUCGACAUUCGCUAUUUAUCCAUCCAGUUUAGCAGCCGGCAAGGCCAGCCAGUUGAGCUCGAGUCCCCCGAUUGGACUCGCACACUCGAACCUGUUGCUGAGCCAGAAGAAUCAGACGAGAGGGGAUGA